AUGCAUUUCACCAACGGGAACAACGAAAUAGAUUCCGUGCAGAUCGCGACCGCGCACUUACCGAUCAAAAAAAGAUACGAACAAAAGUUCAAGUGUUCGUUCGAUCUCGGCUCGAAAAAACACCGAAUUUUGGACAAACAAUACACGCAAGGGAAAAAUUACGUCGAUAUUUCGUUACUCGAUUUGGGGGAUUUAUUGCGAAGGUACGCGGCGGGCGCGGAGAACGUGAAAUCGAGAGAAGAGUUGAUGAAAGAAGCGAGGAAAGAAAUGGAAGAGAAAGAAGAACGAGCGAAAGAGAUGCGAAAAAUCGCGGAACAGAAGAAACAGAACGCGAGGAGGAAACAGGAACACGCCGAGCGCGUGGCGAAAGAAGCGCAGGAAAAGAAGAGGAAAAACAAAGAGCAAUCGUUGAACUCCACUCCAGUUUCCACGCCGGUGAAGAAACAGAAGAAAGUAAAAGAGAAUAACAACAACAACAACGAUAACAGCUCGAACGAUUCUGGUGCUACCGUUGCAACGCAUAAUAAUGAAAAGCCAAAGACGCCGAAGAAACCGAGAUCGUUGACGGCGUCGCAGAAAAAAUCGCAAAGCUCCUUGAGCAUCGAUACGAAAGCAUCCGUUGACAGAGGAGCGUUGUUGAAUACAACGACCACUAACAAUAAAAGCGGUUUGACAAGCGAUUCAGACAACGAGAAUUUUGAGGCGAAUAAAAGAGAAGAAGAAGAACCAGAGGAAGAGAAACCGUUGACGGACGAAGAGUUGGCGAGAAGAAUGCACUUAGAAAUGAACGCGAGUCCUCGAUUGGGCAGGACGGGAGGCAGAAACCGCGCGAUGAGCUUGUUGGGAAGCUUUUAA